AUGGCCAGAGCCGGUGACAAGCCGGUGGCCACUGUCAGCCGGCGGGGGGAGGGGUACAUCGGGCAGCCGGGGCAGGCCCAGCCGCCGCCUGGAAGCCGGCCUGACGGGCACUGCCCGCGGCGCGGCCCGGCCCGGGGGGCGGCGGGACCUGACCCUGUGUCCCCGCAGCUGGCCGACAGCGAGUUCGCCCCUGUUUUCCGCCUCCUGACCAUCUUCGCCUACGGCACCUACGCGGACUACCUGGCUGAAGCAGCAAACCUCCCUCCCUUGACAGAGGCUCAGAAGAACAAACUGAGGCACCUGUCAGUCGUCACUCUGGCUGCCAAGAUCAAGUGCAUCCCCUACUCAGUGCUGCUGGAGCAGUUACAGCUGAAGAACGUCCGGCAACUGGAGGACCUCGUGAUUGAGGCUGUGUAUGCUGAUGUGCUGCGAGGGAGCUUGGAUCAGCGGAACCAACGCCUGGAGGUGGAUUACAGCAUUGGGAGGGACAUCCGGAGGGAGGAGCUAAGCUCCAUCACCCGCACAUUGCAGGAGUGGUGCCAGGGCUGUGAGGUUGUCUUGUCGGGCAUUGAAGAACAGGUUAGCCGGGCCAACCAGCACAAAGAGCAGCAGCUGGCACUGAAGCAGCAGAUAGAGAGUGAGGUGGCAAACCUGAAGAAGACCAUUAAAGUGACGACAGCAGCUGCUGCAGCAGCCACAUCCCAAGACCCGGAACAGCACCUAACAGAGCUCAGGGAGCCGGCCUCUGGCACCAACCAGCGCCAGGCGAGCAAGAAAACUUCCAAAGCCAAAGGGCUCCGGGGCAGCGCGAAGAUUUGGUCUAAAUCAAACUAGUUGGAUCUCCCUUCGCAACUGGGAGGGUGAGAGGAAGAGAUUUGGGGGAUGGAGGGGUAGCAAGGGUCCUUCUGAGCUCUUCUCCAAGAUCCAUCUUGCCAACUAAUUCUCCUGCAUGUCUGUUCUCGUUCCCAUCUUCUUUACCGACUUCCCGGGCAGUGCCUCCCUCCUCUUCAUCACAGCAUUUCACACUCUAAGCUUCCAGCUGUAUGCGUUGCUGUUUCCCCUACCACUCAAGCCCUCCAUUGCCAUAGCCGUGUGUUUUCUCUUUCUUUCGCUCUCCCUGUCUUUUGACUGGUCAACUUAAAGAGCCAUAAACUCGUGUCAGUCACCUUUGCACCCACAGAAGCUUGGUAAGAGGGCACUGGUGCUCAGAAAUCAUUUCGGCUCUAUGAGACCCCUGGGAUACUUUGCUCCAGGAUGCAGCUGCCAUCUCUGAUUGUUUAACCUUUGUUUUGCUAGGUGGGAGGGUAGUUUUUGAAGGGAUUCUUUUAAAAAUAUAUAAAUAUAUUAUAUAUAAAACAAUAAAAAUAUAGAUCUAUGGACA